GCCGCUCCACGGCUGACCUUCAGCUCAUUAAGAAAACUCACACAUGCAUCCUCGCCCGUCACGGCUAUAGCCCGGACAUUGGCCCUCGUAACUCGCCCGUGGACUCGACCGGUCCGCCUGUUAUUUAUUGAGGCCCCCCUCUUCUCUGUCCCAGGCCAUCAUCGUCUGUUUGCCAUCAUGUGCAGUUCGGGCGCGUUACUCUAACUUGUUUUUCUUUCCAUUUCUGUCUCUUUCUUUUUUCUUUGACAGACAUGGGUGCUGCGGCUGAAGGAGACCGCGACUCGGGGGGCGACCUGGGGCACGGCGAGACGGAAAAGGCCCAGAACCACCAGCACAAACACACACAUGCGCAGACAUCGCAGCGUUUGGACUCGAAUAGUCCCAUCACAGAAGUAUAUCUCUCUUUUGAUACUGAUCUUCCCCAUCCCGCCUCGUGGCAGCAGGCUACGCCGAGCGAUGCCUCGCUGCCCAAGUGCCCGAAUCUACGGGCGUACACAAACCCCAAUCGAUGGAGCAAGUCACGAAAAAAUGUGCUGCUCUUUCUCUCAUGUCUGGCGACCUUGUUGACUGCGUAUACGUCGGGAGCGUACUCGCCGCCUAUGAAGUCCAUGGCACACGACUUCCACACUUCGCGUCUCGUUGUUGUCUCCGGUCUCACCUCCUUCACUGUUGGCUUCGGCAUUAUGCCCAUGGCCCUGGCCCCUCUGUCCGAGGCGUGGGGGAGAUACCCCAUCAUUAUUCCCGCAGGCCUGGUCUUUGUUGUCUUCCAGGCCGUCUGCUCCGUCCUCAACAAUGUCGCCGCCAUGAUUGUAUGUCGCUUCAUUGUGGGCGCCAGUUCAUCUGUCUUUAGUGUUCUUCUUGGCGGUGUUAUUGCCGACCUUUGGGACAAGGAAGACAGAAAUACCCCAAUGGCGCUCUUUAGCGGCGCCGUCCUCUUUGGGUCUGGCCUUGGGCCGCUCAUCGCCUCGUCCAUUUGCGAGUUGAUCCCAGAUAGAACACUCUUCUGGAAGUGGACCUUUUGGCACCAGGUUAUCCUGGAUGGCGCCCUUCUUAUUGCCCUUAUUCUCUUUUUUGCCGAGACCCGUGCGUCGGUGCUUCUCUCCAAAAAGGCUCGUAUCCUGAACCAGUGGUACGAGGCCAUGGAGCAGGCGGGUGUCUACGGCGUCUGGGUCCGUCAGAGCGACUUGGACCACAACGCCAAAACACCGGCCAUCUCAAGCCCAGCGGUUGAACAGACUGCUACUGGAGGCGGCAGUGGAGGCUCAAGUAGCGACACGCUGCGAACGUCAACGACAGCACACAAGCUCGAGCGUAUUCGCUGGGUUGUCAAGGCUGAUGAGCUGCGGCCGCCUCUAGCCACCCUCGUCAGCACCUCAGUCAAGAGACCAUUUAGCAUGCUCUUUAUGGAGCCUAUUGUCUUCUGCUUCUCUCUAUGGGCUUCCUUUGCCUGGGGUAUUCUCUACCUUGCCUUUGGCUUUGUCCCCUUUCUCUAUGCCGACGACUACAACAUGUCCAGCCGCGUCUAUCUUGCGCUCAUGGCGUCUUCGUUGUUAGCCACUGCCGCAGGUGUCUUUUCAGAAAGAGCCCUUAGCCAUCCUCAAUGGAAACCUGCUGGCUCGUAUAAUGAUUCGAAGUUCUGGGCCUAUAUGCGCCGCCGCUUCCCGGCUGACGCGCCCGAGGCUCGCCUCUACUUUGCCCUCGUCUUCACAUUGUUCCUACCCGCCGGCCUCUUUCUCGCCUUUACGGUACCAGAGAGCUGGCAGCAAUACGCGCAGGCCAUUGGCUUGGGUAUUGCCAACUGGGGCAUCUACUCAGUGUACCUCGCCACCUUUAACUACCUUGCCGACUCCUACCACAUCUACGCAUCCUCCGCCCUGGCGGCGCAGAGUCUCGCCCGUAAUCUCAUGGGCGGCAUCUUCCCCAUCAUUGCCGCUCCUCUCUUUGGAAAUCUUGGCCUCUACAAUGCCGGCUACAUUCUUGGCAGCGUAGCCACUCUCCUGACAGUAACACCCUGGGUGCUCGUCUUCUUUGGCAGCCGAAUUCGCGCCAACAGCAAACUCGCCGUCUCUUUACAGAAGUAAACUUUCGUUUCUUUUAUGAACCAUCUUAGAGCAUAUACUAGCAUCAGAGCAUUCGUUUAGCAUGGGGGCAUAGUCUUUAGAUCCUGUAUAUAUAUACGUGGAAACGUGUAAUCAUAACUUUUUUCUUCUCGAAUUUAUCCUUUUCGACAUUCAGUGAAAGCCACUAACUUUACUUCUUCUCCUUCUCAGCCUGGGCCUUUUCGUAAAUCCAGUCGUUGAGGCCCUUCUUGUUUCUGGCGAUCUCAAUGGCGUAGAACUGCAUGCGGGGGACUGUUUGGCGGUUAGUUCAAGUCCUUCCUUCUCUCAGCUUGUAUAGUCUUUUAGCAUACCGAAAAUAGUAGUGUCCUCCUCGUAGUCGACCAAGUGGCUGUUGCGCACCAUGGUGCCAAAGUUAAAGUCCUCUACCAACUUCUCGUACGUCAUCAUGAAGUUUCUCCAGCGCUCCUUGCCAGUCUUGCUCUUCAUGACGUCCUCGUCGACAACAGCGGCGGCGUCGAACUCGGGGAAGGCGGUCAUCAGGUGUGCGUAAAUCUCAUCGUCCAUCUUGGUCAGGCGCAGCGUUGAGCCCUUGACUCGCUCGAGGAUAGACCAGUAGGUCUGCAUGUGCUGGACGACUGCGAACAACGUUAGUAUUACUAUGCGGUAAUCGGCGGUAAGGUUCUAAGUACCCUUGACGGCAAACUGCUUCUCCAUCUAUCCCAUGUCUGUUAGCACUUCAUUCGUUGCGAAAAACAUCCCACUGUUGUCUUCUGCCAACGUACAUCUUCCAUGUUGCCAGCUUCUUCGGGGUUGAAGCCCGCGGGGAUGGGCCCCACGUUCUGGGUCAUGCUCUCCAUAGGAUCCAUGGCUGCUGAUAUUUCUGCGCAAGUAGCGAUUUUGCUUUGGUGAUGUGUAGGCUUUGGUGGUGGUGUUUUUUGAGGACAGAAAAAUGUCGUCACUA